UCCACCACCACGUGUUAACAUUUCUAACCUUUUAUUUUUCUGUUAGUAAACAAUGAUUGUGUAUAAGUUAUCUAGUGAAUUUAAAAAAAAAUAAUAAAAAUGGUGAGAGUAAAUGAUCGUCAUUUGAAAUACAAAGAAGUUGUCGUGUCGGCGGUAAAUUUGCUCGGAAUUCCCAAUAAAGAUUUUGCAAAAAAUCCACUGUCAUUUAUUCACAAAAUAGUCAACGAAUACAACAAUGAAUUUCGUCAAAAUCGCGUCAAUAAACGAACGCCAAUCAUUUUUUAUUAUUUACUUUGUUAUGAAUAUAAUUCUACAUUAAAUAGUCCAGUGCCUGCUCCAUCUGUUCAUUUAGACAAAUCAUUUUUUAAUGAUAUACUUAGUUAUAUACUCUGCAAUCACCAAAAUCCGAAUUGUGAUUCGAUCGAAUUUUUGUACGAUAUAAUUGUCUUGCAGUUAAAACUUUACUGCAGCGUACCAGAGGUCAGUAAUUUAUUUAAGGACUUCGUCAACUGUCAGUCGUCACUGAAAUUAAAUGGCACUAAUAUUUAUUAUAAAAUAAUUGAAUGUUUCAUCGAUGCCUUGUAUUUAAAAGGUUCAAUAAAUCACCAGGAAAUGAUUGAUGAUUGUCUGAUAAUUUUAGAAGAUUUGAAUCACUGGUUUGAAAAAAUAAAAAAUGAUGAGUGGAACCUUUUUGUUUCAAUUGUCUGGAAAAUAACUCUGACAUUAAACCAUAGAACUUCUCUGGACCAUUUUUGGGUGCUGAUAUUAAACUAUUCAAAGGACAAUUGGGAAAAUUCAUUAAAAUUGCUCGAUGAUCUGAUAAAUGACGUCUUGGCUUCUCCUUCUGUUGAAAGAAUAUCACUGAAUUUCAAGUGCUGUCACAGCGAAAUACUCUGGGAAUUAAUAAUACGGGGACUGAUGUCUCCAGAAGAGCAGCAUCACAAAUAUGGACUGAACAGCAUGAAAAAAAUAAUACAGUUCAUUGAUAAGUAUCAGGUGAUACCUAGUCAAGUAACGAAUAUCGUUCCGUUUAUCUGCUGUCCAAAGUACAAAGCAAUUCCGUCAUUCGCACAGUUGAUGAAUUUUUUUUUUUCAAUAAUCGAGAGCCUUGACCGGAAGCAGGUACAUGAAAUAAUUCCAGCGCUAUGUCGUUUGAAAUUAUUAGUAAAAUUUCAUGAUUGUCAUCUGACAUGUUUCAAUUGCUUCGAUUUUAUCUGGCUCGAGUGUAUUUUUAAACGCGCGCUAUUUCACAAGGAAACUGCAGUAGUCAAAUUAGGAGUAAUUAAUUUAUUACGAUUAGACCCUCGAUAUUACUACGAAGAUUUGUUAAUUACUUUAAUUAACGCGUUGAAUUCCCCGGGUAUUUAUGAUAACGAUCAGCAAGAUUUAGAGCCUCAGGUUGUUAAGGAAUUAUCAGAACUAUUCGUCAGAGCCGAGUACGCACAAGUUUCUUUGACCAAUUGGUUCAUUUGUCAUGCGUCACAAAUCACUUGGGAAUUCAUUCCAUUAUUUUACAUCACGUAUUCUCUGUGCAAAUCCGGACACAUGGUCAAUUACCCCAAUGAGUUUAAUAGAUGGGCUGAACAAGAAUUGGACGCCCUGAAAAUAAUCGUCGCAAAAAAUCUGGGUGCCCAAUCAACGUUGAAAAAUAUUUUCCUGUUCAAUAUAAUCGAUAUUAUUUAUCAUCAUAUCCCAGAUGCAAUUCCCUUUGAUUUUUUAUUAAAAAUUUAUUUAGAACUUGAGUCUUCCGGUAUGUCAGCGAAAUUAAUUACCAGUUCACUGCUCGAGCACGUGACGGCUGAUCAGGCAGCUGGCUAUGUUCUAGACUGCUGCUCAAAAUUAACUACAAAUAUCAAAGAAAAAACACCAGAUUCUGUGGACUUGAAAGGAUUCUCCAAAAUGACCGCUCAUUUAUUCGAAGCCCAGCUUAUUUUUAAAACAUCAGUUUGUCCUGAACUAAAUGUCCUGUCGAGUUUAUUCGACUCAAUAAUAAUCGAUCAAGCACCAGAGCAUAUUGAUAGAAAUAGUCACACGAGAAUGCUAGAUCUGUUCAGUUGUUUCCUCGCGGAAGUUAAGAAAAUUUGUAGUGAGGAAAAGAUUAAUUUCAUAUUCAAUAAAUUUAUUUCUAAUUUGGAGUCGGUAUUGGUGUCGGUGAUGAAUACUUUUGAGGAGCCAGUUAAUUAUUCCUACAAAGAAAUGCAAGUUUACGCGGAAUCUUUUCAUUCAGCGGCUGCACUAACGUCAGCCAAAACGGAGGAUUAUCGUGAAUAUUUUAGUAAAGUUCAAAAGGCCGUCGAAAUUGCGAUUUCUCAGUUCAAAUCUCCCGGGCCUGUAAAUAUUGUGCUGGUAUUUGCUCUGCACAUCAAUUACACCUGCGUUGAAUACUUGCCGAUAACAGAAAAUUCGAGCUUUAUGAUGUUGAAAAAUUUGUGUGUCCAGAUAUUUAGGAUCCCCAGGAGUAAGAUUACGCGCGAUCAAUUGAUUUUAAUAUCCUAUUGCUGUGGACUAAUAAUGAAGACUAUUCAUCAGUUUGUUAGUCAUUCAGUAAUUGCGAGUACUAUUAACGCUAAUGAAAUAUUGAUCAGUAUUAUAUAUCUAAUUAAGAUUAAGAGCAUUAUUGAUAAUGAGACUGUACGAUCGUUUACGAUGCUCGUCUUGGUAAAACUCAUGGAGUUGAGACGUCUGAUGCCCAGUUCUGUAGCAUCCGUUCAAUCAAUUGUUGACACUUUGUGGAACUACUUGUGGAAAAUUGAACGGAAUGAGAAAUUUUUCUGCCACUGCGGUGAACUUUUUAAUGUGGUAUUCGCACUUUCUACUUAUUCGAAUGAAGUACUUUACGAGAUAGGCAGAAAAUAUUUUUAUGAAAUGUAUGAAAGAAGUAAAAAUAUUCCGCGACUGAGAAAAUUUAUAAUGAAAAAAUUACUUACUGUUGAGAAAAACCGAUUUUUGAGAUUUGGGAGCCUGAUAACUAAAAGUUUUAUCUGCGAUGAAGAAAACUCUGAGGAGAAGAGACAAAACUUUCAGGUUGAAAUUUUCGCACUGAAAUUUUGCGAUCCUGAAAAAGUAAAUCGAUCUGAAAUGUACGUAAUUUAUCCAGCGAGACUAGUGAUUUUGUUUUGCUUUGUGUCCUUUCAGCUCUCGAUUUCUCAUAUAAAAGAGUCUACUGCGUUAUUGCUGUCGACGUUUGAGGAACAAUGUGAUAAGUGCAAUAGUAAAAAUAUUAGUGUGAAAAGUAAAAUUCGAGUUUUGCAAUUGCUGCUGUUGGUUCAGCAUAAAUUGCUUGAGUCAGAAGCGUCGCGGAUUAAUGAUUUGAUAAGCGAAUCUAUUUUUAAGCAAACCAAUGAGCCGCUCGUGAUGAUGUUGGAACAGUGGUUGUUGAUAAGGAUAUAUUUGAUGUACCCGAAACUGAGGAAAAAUUUGGGGGAUAUGUUUGAUAAGGCUGAACAACAGAAAUCAAAUUGUAUUACUUCUGUUUUAUUUAUUUUUUAUCAUGUCUCGCAGAAUAUAUGCAUCAGAGAACGUCAACAAAUUUUUAUUGCAAACGUAUUAGCCAAACUUGAAUCAUUUCGUUCUGAUAAUCAAUUUGUUGAUCUCUUUGCUAAGAUAGUGCUACAGAAGUUAUUAAAAAUAAGUUCACCGAAUCUUGCUAAUGUAUACAGCGCUUUAGAGUCUUCUGUUAAUAAAAGUUUGUUAGCUAAUAAGUAUUAUAAACAAUGGGCUGAAGAUUUUCGUUUUAAAAAAUUCAACCCUUAUACAAAUUACUCUCUCCGGACAAUUUUCUAUGAUCUUCCAAGACUGAUGGAUCGACCCAAGGAAGAAUGGAUAUUACCAGAGUUACUGGAGUAUGAAACGGUUCAUAGUCUUCCCGAUCCGUUGAUUCGCAUGCCAGUAAAUAAUUCACACUCGCUAGAAAAUAUCACCAAGAGUCAGAUGGUACAGAUACCAUACGAAAGGUUUGAUAAGCAAGACGAUAACUGUAGCAAUGCCAUUGAAGUGAUUGAAGUGGAAUGUAUGGAAACUUAAUUUCAUGGAUCGUAUGAUAAUUCUUCCUGACUAUUCAGUAUUCAACUGAACGAGCCAUUGGUACUGUAGUUACUUUUUUUUUUUCAAUGGAAUUAAUGGACUGAUUAAUGAUUUACGCUUAGAGUUUAAGUUUACUUAUAUUGUUAUUGA